AUGGGGGCGAUGGUCUCCCAGACGAAACAUCAAAUUCUUGUUGACGCCAAGACUCAUGAAUCCAGAGGGUUCCUCGAUCUCCCACCAGAACUGCGUCUCAAGGUCUAUCGGCACAUCAGUCCGACUCAUUCCGGCUUUGACUAUGACGACUGGCGAGGCUUGUACUCAUCGUGCCGUUUGGUCAAGUAUGAAAUGGACAACGAAUGUUCUAAGCUCAUUCAAAUAGCACUGCGCGAUGUGCUGAGCCACGAGUGCGUCUUCGCCAUCGAAGCCAUCUUCUUUAACGGCACCGGAUACAUCCAUAAGCCAACGAAGUUUACGCACCUCAAGAUCAUCCACGUCACGUUACAUCUUGAUGUAGACACCUACUGGAAAGAUCGAUGGACUCUUCUUAGGACCAGUUUUCUGCCCCAUGUGUCGUUUCGAAAAGACUUGUUCUACGAAGAUGGCAAGGGGACUGCUUUCGAUGAAUAUGUCGAUUCCGCGCCAACCGCUUGCACCCCGCACCUGUGA